AUGACGGGCUCCUGCCCUCGGCCCUGCAGGCAGAAGCCCAAUGGAUGCUUCUGGAACGUGUAUGUCACCAUCAGCCCCGCGCUAGGUGCUCAUGUGACAGCUUCCCCCACUGUCCCCAACCUUGUGGAGUGUGACGGCGACAUUGUAAAUAAUAUGUACGAGCCGGACCCGGACCUGCUGGCUGGCGAGAGCGCCGAGGACGAGACCGAGGACAGCAUCAUGUCCCCCAUCCCCAUGGGGCCAGCGUCCCCCUUCCCCACGAGCGAGGACUUCACACCCAAGGAGGGCUCGCCUUACGAGGCGCCCGUCUACAUUCCCGAGGACAUUCCGAUCCCACCGGACUUCGAGCUCCGGGAGUCCUCCAUCCCGGGGGCCGGCCUGGGGGUCUGGGCUAAGAGGAGGAUGGAGCCCGGGGAGCGGUUUGGCCCCUACAUGGUGGCGCCCCGGGCCACGCUGAAGGAGGCCGACUUCGGAUGGGAGCAAAUGCUGACCGAUGCUGAAGCACCGUCACAGGAGGGCUGCGUCCCAAAGGUCUCUGAAGAGCUGGGCAGCGAGAAGUUCUGUGUGGACACGAAUCAGGCCGGGGCCGGCAGCUGGCUCAAGUACAUCCGCGUGGCAUGCUCCUGUGACGACCAGAACCUCACCAUGUGUCAGAUCAGCGAGCAGAUCUAUUACAAAGUCAUCAAGGACAUCGAGCCGGGAGAAGAGCUGCUCGUGCACGUGAAGGAAGGCGCCUACUCCUUGGGGACGGUGCCCCCCGGUCUGGACGGUAAGGCCCCCACGGGCAGGAGCAGAGGCCCGGCAGCUCCCAAGGCCGCCUGUCACCCCCGACCGCAUGAUGGGGGCCGGGCACCCCAGCCACUGCCCGGACCCCAGGCCGAACGAGCCAGCUUUCUCCUUACAACUUCCCGUCCUAAGCCCUUCACUGUCCCCUUCCAUGAGUCCUGCGGGCCCCACCCUGAGUGCGAGACAGGCCCUGGGCCGUCCGGCGGAUACGGGGUGUGGGUGCCGCGCCGCCUUACAUCCCUGCGUGUGGAGCCCGGGGCAGGAGGUGGCAGCCUCUGUCCCCGGUACCUACAAACAACGGCAACCGCAGAGAUGGUGCUGUGGCUCAGACAGUCGCCUGCAGAGCCCUGUGCCACCGAGAAGCUCCAGCCGCCUUCCUUGGAGCAGCACAUGGUCGUCCACACGGAGGAGCGAGAGUACAAGUGUGACCAGUGUCCCAAAGCCUUCAACUGGAAGUCCAACCUCAUUCGCCACCAGAUGUCCCACGACAGCGGCAAGCGCUUCGAAUGUGAGAACUGCGUGAAGGUGUUCACGGACCCCAGCAACCUGCAGCGGCAUAUCCGGUCCCAGCACGUCGGGGCGCGGGCGCACGCCUGCCCCGACUGCGGCAAGACCUUCGCCACAUCCUCCGGCCUCAAGCAGCACAAGCACAUCCACAGCACCGUCAAACCUUUCAUAUGCGAGGUCUGCCACAAGUCCUACACGCAGUUCUCCAACCUCUGCCGCCACAAGCGGAUGCACGCCGACUGCCGCACGCAGAUCAAGUGCAAGGACUGUGGGCAGAUGUUCAGCACGACCUCCUCCCUCAACAAGCACCGGCGCUUCUGCGAGGGCAAGAACCAUUACACGCCCAGCAGCAUCUUCUCCCCGGGGCUGCCUCUGCCCCCCGGGCCCGCGAUGGACAAGGCCAAGCCGCCCCCCAGCCUCAACCACGCCGGCCUGGGCUUCAACGAGUACUUCCCCUCCAGGCCGCACCCGGGGGGCCUGCCCUUCUGCGCGGCCCCGCCGGCCCUCCCCACGCUCACCCCCGGCUUCCCGGGCAUCUUCCCUCCGUCCCUGUACCCCCGGCCACCUCUGCUACCUCCCACGCCGCUGCUCAAGAGCCCGCUGAACCACGCGCAGGACGCCAAGCUGCCCAGCCCCCUGGGGAACCCGGCCCUGCCCCUCGUCUCCGCCGUGGCCAGCAGCGGCCAGGGCGCCACGGCGGCUGCAGGGGCCGAGGACAAGUUCGACAGCCGCCUGGAGGAGGCGUACGCCGAGAAGCUCAAGGCGCGGGGCAGCGACCUGUCGGACGGCAGCGACUUCGAGGACAUCAACACCACGACCGGGACCGACCUGGACACGACCACGGGCUCGGGCUCGGACCUGGACAGCGACGUGGACAGUGACCGCGACAAGGCCAAGGACAAGAGCAAGGCGGCCGAGGGCAAGCCCGAGUUCGGGGGGGGCCCGGCGGCCCCGGGGGCCCCCGGCGGCGUGGGCGAGGUGCCCGUCUUCUACGCCCACCACUCCUUCUUCCCUCCGCCCGACGAGCAGCUACUGACGGCCGCGGGCGCGGCAGGCGACUCCAUCAAGGCCAUCGCCUCCAUCGCUGAGAGGUACUUCGGCCCCGGCUUCGCGGGCGUGCCGGAGAAGAAGCUGGGCGCGCUGCCCUACCAUGCUGCCUUCCCCUUCCAGUUCCUGCCCAGCUUCCCCCACUCCCUGUACCCCUUCACGGACCGCAGCCUCGCCCACAGCCUGCUGGUCAAGGCUGAGCCCAGGUCGCCCCGGGACACGCUCAAGGUGGGCGGCCCCAGCGCCGAGUCCCCCUGCGACCUCACCACCAAACCCAAAGAGGCAAAGCCCACGCUGCCCGUGCCCAAGGCCGCGCCGGCCCCGGUGUCCGGCGAGGAGCAGCCGCUGGACCUGAGCAUCGGCAGCCGCACCCGGGCCAGCCAGAACGGCGGGGGCCGGGAGCCCCGCAAGAACCACGUCUACGGUGAGCGCAAACUGGGGGCCGGCGAGGGGAUGCCCCAGGCGUGCCCGGCACAGCUGCCGCAGCCCCCCCUGCACUACGCCAAGCCAUCCGCCUUCUUCAUGGACCCCAUCUACAGCAGGGUGGAGAAGCGGAAGGUGCCGGGCCCCGUGGGCGUCCUGAAGGAGAGGUACCUGCGGCCGUCCCCACUGCUCUACCACCCCCAGGUGUCAGCCAUUGAGACCAUGACGGAGAAGCUGGAGAGCUUUGCGGCCUUGAAGGCGGACGCUGGCGGCUCCCUGCAGCCCCUCCCCCACCACCCCUUCAACUUCCGGUCCCCGCCCCCAACGCUCUCGGACCCCAUCCUCAGGAAGGGCAAGGAGCGGUACACAUGCAGGUACUGUGGGAAGAUCUUCCCUCGAUCUGCAAACCUCACGAGACACCUGAGGACGCACACCGGGGAGCAGCCGUACAGGUGCAAGUACUGCGACCGCUCCUUCAGCAUCUCCUCCAACCUCCAGCGGCACGUCCGCAACAUCCACAACAAGGAGAAGCCCUUCAAGUGCCACCUGUGCAACCGGUGCUUCGGGCAGCAGACCAACCUGGACAGGCACCUCAAGAAGCACGAGCACGAGCACGCGCCAGUGAGCCAGCACUCUGGAGUCCUCACCAACCACCUGGGGACCAGCGCCUCCUCCCCCACCUCGGAGUCGGACACCCACGCACUUUUGGACGAGAAGGAAGACUCCUAUUUCUCUGAAAUCAGAAACUUUAUCGCAAAUAGUGAGAUGAACCAAGUGUCAGCGCGAACAGACAAACGGCCGGAAGCCCAGGACCUGGACGGCACCCCGCAGGGUCCAGGCCUGGCCGGCGGGAAGCCAGAGGACGCGGAGGAGGAGGAGGAGGAUCUGGAGGAGGACGAGGACAGCCUGGCGGGGAAGUCCCAGGACGACGUGGACGCUGUGUCCCCCACGCCCGAGCCCCGGGGCGCCUACGAGGACGAGGAGGAUGAGGAGCCACCCGCCUCCCUGGCCGUGGGCUUUGACCACACCCGGAGGUGUAUUGAGGAGCGGCCAGACGGUCUGUUAGCUUUGGAGCCAAUGCCGACUUUUGGGAAGGGGCUGGACCUCCGCAGAGCAGCCGAGGAAGCAUUUGAAGCUAAAGACGUGCUUAGUACCGCCCUAGACUCUGAGGCUUUAAAACAGACUCUGUACAGGCAGGCUAAGAACCAGGCGUAUGCAGUGAUGCUGGCCCUCUCUGAGGACGCCCCCUCCCAGAGUCCCCUGGAUGCUUGGCUGAACGUCACGGGAGCCACACCCGAGUCCGGAGCCUUUGACCCCGUCAACCACCUCUGACCGGCCCAGCAGGGGCCUGGGGUCGGCGUCCACGCGAGGCGGCCUUGGGCCCCCACGUCCCGACAGAAACCCCAAGCUGUGGAAGACGGAGGCACGGGCCUGGAGGAGCGGGCGCGGCCCGGGGCCAGGGGACCCCCCGGCCACCCGCGUCUGACCACAGCAUCUGUCCCCCCACCACGGUUCAACUUUUCCCAUGGAAACUCGGAAGCCGGACUUCCCCGAAGCAGUCCUGGGGGUCGCCGGAGACCCGCGCUGCAGGGUGGGGCUUGCGGGAGCCGCU